AUGCGCAAAACAGCUGAUGUACUUAGUUUACGUUUCAAUCAAGAUUCAAGUUGUUUUAUUUGUACGACACGUGAUGGAAUUCGUGUAUUCAAUGUGGAACCACUUGCACAAAAGUGUUACCUCGAAGUGGGUCAUGUUAUAUAUGCUGAAAUGCUCUAUCGAACGAAUUUAAUUGCCUAUGUACCGGCAGAUUAUAGCACAGGCUUCGCGUCGAAUGUCGUCAAUAUUUACGAUAAUCAACUCAAAACGCAUGUACUUGAACUUUGUUUCAAUGCAUCAGUCAUGUCUAUACGAAUGUCUCGAACUAGACUUUUAGUCGUACUUACAAACAAAAUUCAUAUAUUUUCUUUUCCAAAUCACUGUCGACUUUUACAUACAAUCGAAACGAAAGAUAAUCCAAAAGGUCUUUGUGAACUAUCGAAUAACGAUGGAUCGAUCAUCGCUUUUCCUUUCAAUACUAAAUCUAAAAGUGGUUUCAUUCAAUUGUUAUCUUAUUUGAAGUUGACUGAUUGA